GGCCCGGCCCCCGGGGCGCACCUGACUCACCUGGGCCGGCGGGAGGCGGCGGCGCGGUGGAGCGCGGAACCGGGCGGCGGCCGAGGGGCGGCAUGGCGCGGGACGGCGGCUCCCCGUGGGCCAUGGGGCUGCUGAAAACCUUCGAGGAGAGCGAGUUCGGCAGCUGGGAGAAGAUCGGUUCGGGGGGCUUCGGGCAGGUGUAUAAGGUGCGCCACCUCCACUGGAAGACCUGGCUCGCCAUCAAGUGCUCGCCCAGCCUGCACGUGGACGAGAAGGAGCGUAUGGAGUUAUUGGAAGAAGCUAGGAAGAUGGAAAUGGCAAAAUUUCGUUAUAUCCUUCCUGUUUAUGGUAUCUGCAAAGAGCCGGUUGGCUUGGUGAUGGAAUACAUGGAGACAGGAUCUCUGGAAAAGCUCCUGGCUUCUGAACCUCUGCCAUGGGAAUUGCGCUUCCGAAUCAUCCAUGAGACAGCUGUGGGCAUGAACUUCCUGCACUGCAUGUCCCCUCCACUGCUUCACCUGGACCUCAAGCCUGCCAACAUCCUGCUUGAUGCCCACUACCAUGUCAAGAUUUCUGACUUUGGACUUGCGAAGUGCAAUGGCUUGUCACAUUCCCAUGACCUCAGUAUGGACGGCUUGUGUGGCACAAUUGCAUACCUUCCUCCAGAGCGCAUCAAGGAGAAGAACAGGUGUUUUGACACCAAACAUGAUGUGUACAGCUUUUCCAUUGUGAUUUGGGGAGUUCUUACACAGAAGAAGCCUUUUGCAGAGGAAAACAAUAUUUUACAUAUCAUGGUAAAAGUAGUUAAAGGCCACCGCCCAGAGCUACCUGCUGUUUCCAAAUCCAGACCUCAUUCAUGUAAUAACUUGAUCAAACUGAUGCAAAAAUGUUGGCAGGAUGAUCCUGGUGAACGGCCAACGUUUCAAGAAAUUACUUCAGAAACAGAGACACUUUGUGAAAAACCAGAAGAUGAAACAAAGGAAAUGAUAGCUGAGGACUUGGACACCAAGAGUUCGCCAAAGCAGCGAUCUGAGGGGAUGUCUGCACUAUCCCAGCCGAAACAGGAGCCUGUUCUAGCAUCAGUUAAGGAUUACAGUCUAUCAGAAUUGUUGUCCCAGCUGGAUUCAGGGAUUUCACAGACUAUGGAAGGCCCUGAGGAUCUCAGCCGCAGUUCUUCUGAAUCCAAACUUGCUGCCAGCGACAAGCGGCUUUCAGGAGUUUCAUCUGUAGAUUCAGCUUUUUCAUCCAGAGGCUCCCUUUCCCUUUCUUUUGAAAGAGAGAGUUCAGAUAUUGGUACUACAGACAUACAGAAAAGGAAGCUAACGGAGGCCAUUUUAGCUGGAGACACGAGCAAGCUGAUGAAGAUCCUCCAGCCUCAAGACGUUGAUAUUGUUUUGGAUGGGAACUGCAGUCUUUUGCACUUAGCUGUAGAAGCUGGUCAAGAAGAAUGUGUCAAAUGGCUCCUCCUCUACAAUGCUAAUCCAAACCUCACCAACAAGAAGGGAUCCACCCCUCUUCACAUAGCCAUUGAGAAGAAAAUAAAAAGCAUUGUGGAGCUGCUUAUGGCAAGGAAAAUCAAUGUUAAUGCCAAAGAUGAGGAUCAGUGGACUGCUCUUCACUUUGCCGCCCAAAACGGGGAUGACUUCAGCACCAAAAUGCUGCUUGAUAAGAAUGCAUCCUUGAAUGAGGUAGAUUUUGAAGGCAGAGCUCCCAUCCACAUAGCCUGUCAGUAUGGCCAGGAGAAUAUUGUGCGGAUUCUGCUGAGAAGAGGCGUUAAUGUGAACAUCAAAGGAAAGGAUGACUGGGUGCCACUGCACUAUGCUGCCUGGCAAGGUCAUCUUCCCAUCGUAAAGCUUCUAGCCAAACAGCCAGGUGCAAAUGUAAAUGUGCAGACCGUGGAUGGAAGGACCUCGCUACACUUGGCUGCUCAGCGAGGUCACUACCGUGUCGCUCGCCUACUCAUAGACCUGGAGUCAGAUGUCAACGUACCGAAUGUGCUCUCGCAGACUGCUCUCCACAUAGCUGCUGAAACUGGCCACACAAGCACAUCAAGGCUGCUCCUUAAACAUGGCGCAGACAUUGAGGCAGCAACUGCGGAAGGAUGUACUGCUCUGCACUUGGCAUCUCGCAACGGCCAUUUGGCAACAACGAAGUUGCUGAUGGAUGAAGGGGCCAAUGUUUUUGCCAGAGGCCCAUUAAAUAGGACAGCAUUGCAUCUUGCUGCAGAAAACGGGCACUCUGAAGUAGUAGAAGAACUUGUCAGUUCAGGAAACAUCAAUGUUUCUGACGAUGAGGGGUUGACAGCUCUUCAUCUGGCUGCAAGAGGAGGGCACACAAAAACAGUUGAGGUUCUUUUAAAGCAUGGGGCACUCACUGAUCUGCAAAGGCCCACAUUUCAGACCCUGCUCCGGCUUACUCAGCAGAGCAGCAGUAGCUCAGUUACUGUGUUGUUAAGUGAGACUUAACCAAAAGAUACAGUACUUGCUACCUUUCUGCCUGGUGCGAGAAGGUUGCUGGAACUUGAUUCACAAGAGCCUUGUCCAGCUGUGCAGUGACCUGCUCGCCAGCAGCGUCAGCAGAUGGACUGAGGGGCGGCCAGCAAGGAGCUACUCAUGUUCAAGUGUGUGAGAGGGAGCACGUGGACUAAAGCCAAAUGUAAGGUUAAGAGCUGGAGCCCACCACACUGUGGUCUGGAUCAUCCACUCUGCGUGUGCCUGCCCCACUUGUAUAGUGAUAUUCCCCUCCCACGAUGUUGUGAGAAAGGGUUCCCCUUGCCUUUUUUUUUUUUUUUUUUUGGACAAACUAAUUUAAGAACUAACAUUCUGAUUUUCCUCAGAAAAAGGAUGGAUUAGGUUCCUGGUUUAUUGCAGUGAUCUGUAUUUUGGGCUCGAAGCCUCCGCAGUAAAAUAAACCCAACACAAAUCUACUGGAAAUGAAUGCAAGAGGUGAAGAAAGAGCUAUUCAAGAUACUGUUAAUCAUAAACCCUGGCUAAGUUUCAUUUUCAGAAGGUAUUCUGUUUAAUGGAGACACUGAUUAUAGUUUUCCAUGUAAUCAAGAUGACUGAGGCAGACUGUCAUUAACAAGAAAGGAUCCCGAAAUUACACAAGCAGAAGUAAAAGCUUAACACUGAUCUCUUCAUAUGCAGUACCAUCUUCUAUCCAUUUUAAGAUCAGUAAGCUGAAGUAUGUGCUUAGUGGUUAAAAAAAAAAAAAAAGAAAAUUCAUACUGGACUUUAACUGGAUGGUAUAUUCUAACACCAUUUUAUCUAUUUGCAAAGUGAUGUUUGUAGGGACAUGUUAGAGAACCAUACCAGCCACGCCACAGUACAUGUCCUGGGAGAAUGAACUGUGUGUUGCCUAGACUGAUAUACUGUGUAUAUAGUAUUUCCACCUGUUGUAUGCUUUUUUUCUACUGAAGAAAAUAGAUUGUUUAGAGUGGGUAUGUUUUAAUACACCUUUUAAUUUCACUCUUGUCAAAGUUCAAAUGUGGCACAUUAUUAAUAAAAUAUUGUGUCCCAUACA